AUGCAAAGCAGGGAAAGUGUGGAAACAGAGGUGCAGUCUCUGAAGGCUCAGCUGCUGGCCAUGCGGGGAGAGCUUGAGGUGAGCAGAAAGGAAGCAGCUGUAGCUAAAGAAGAGAUAAGAAAUGUCAAGGCUGAAGCUGCUCAACGAUUAGAGGACAUUAAAAAGCAGGCAGCUUAUAAAGCAAUAUCAAGUAAAUUUGGCCUGGAGAGAUUAGAUGUAGACAACGAGAGUAUAAAAUUUUACACUGGUUUCCCCUCAAAUGAACAUAUUAAGUUUUUUUUUAGUUUUAUUAAGCCAAGUGCUGAACUAAUGACCUACUGUUAUGCCUCUGGAGAGAGAGAAAACAGACCAGCCUCCAGAAAUAUGCUUCUAAUAGAUGAAAUGUUUAUAUUUCUUGUUCAGCUUAAACUAGGAUUAUUUGAGCUAGAUCUUGCUGAUAGGUUUGAAAUUCAUAUAUCCUCAGUCUCUAGAAAAUUAGUAACAUGGUCCAAUUUUUUGUACUUUUUUGUUGGAAGUCAGAUUAUCUGGCCCUCUAGAGCAGAUGUAGAUAGAUGCAUGCCUGAGGGUUUCAGAAAACUCUAUCUUAGCACUAGAGUGAUUUUAGAAUGCACAGAGAUUUUUGUGCAAACACCCACAUCACUAUUGUUACAGUCACAGCUAUACUCAUCCUAUAAGAGCAACACAACUUUGAAAGGUCUUAUUGGAAUCACCCCUUGUGGAGCAAUAUGUCUUGUUUCCACUUUAUACACUGGAAGGAUUAGUGACAAGGAAAUCCCAGGGUGUAGUGGUAUUUUAGACCUUUUAGAAGCAGGAGACUCAGUCAUGGCAGACAAGGGGUUUCAUAUAGGUAACAUGCUACAGGAGUAUAAUGUUGAGUUAAACAUCCCUCCUUUUCUGGAAAAUCAAGGGCAGUUUUCAACUCAAGAUGUACAAAAAACUAAAACUAUUGCAAGCCUUAGAAUACACGUAGAACGUGCCAUCAGGAGGGUUAAGGAGUAUCACUUCUUUGAUUCCGAUGUUCCUCUGUCAACUUUAGGUUCAGUUAACCAGCUAUAUUCUAUAGCCUGUCUUCUAACAAAUUUUCAAGGACCUUUAAUCUUAUCUAAGUGA